GGGGAGAUCCCUGGCUUUAACCUGCAGCCGAUUUUUUGGUUUUUUUGCAGGCGACAACGACUCAAUGUCUCAGUCCAAAGGCCUUGUGAUUCUGGCGUACAGUGGUGGCUUGGAUACGUCCUGCAUCCUGGUUUGGCUAAAAGAACAAGGUUAUGAUGUCAUCGCUUACCUGGCCAACAUUGGACAAGAUGAAAACUUUGAAAAGGCGAGAAUGAAAGCUCUCUCUCUGGGUGCCAAGAAAGUUUACAUUGAAGACCUCCGCAGAGAAUUUGUUGAAGAGUUUAUUUGGCCAUCUGUCCAAGCUGGGGCUCUCUACGAGGACCGGUAUCUCCUUGGCACAUCCUUGGCUCGUCCGUGUAUCGCCCAGAAGCAGAUGGAAAUUGCCUUGAGAGAGGAGGCCCAAUUCGUUUCUCAUGGAGCUACAGGCAAGGGCAACGAUCAGAUUCGGUUUGAGCUGACCUACUUCGCUCUCUCUCCUCGGAUCAAGCUACUGCUCAGAGCAAUCUUUGUCUUUAUGGUAGGCUUCUGGUUCAGUCCCGAGGGCGAAUUCAUCCGCCAUUGCAUCGACCAUUCCCAAGACCUAGUGGAAGGAAAAGUCCAGCUCUCUGUCUUGAAGGGUAACGUCUACAUUUUGGGAAGGGAAUCGCGCCAAUCCCUGUACAAUGAGGAACUCGUAAGCAUGGAUGUCCAAGGGAGUUAUGAGCCCUCGGAUGCUACCGGAUUCAUCAACAUCAAUUCUCUUAGGCUGAAAGAAUAUCAUCGCCUUUUCAACAAGGUCAGCCAGGCUCAGAAUUAAUGGCAAUCAAGAGGCCCCAAAAGCUCAUCCUGCUAAUUUCAUCCCCGCUCUCACCAUCCGGGCCACAACUGGUAAUGUUAUCCACCUUCCCGAGCCGUGUUUUGUUACGCUUCUCAAUUGCCAGAGAUGCCGAAAAGCAGGAGCGUCUUCCUACAAAACCAAGACCUUAUUAUUAAAAUCUUUCCGUCAUUGU